AUGAGUUUUUUCUAUUCUUCAUUAUUCAAAUGGUAUCAUCAUCUCUUCCUCAUUCAUUUCUUGUUUUCUUAUCUUACUCACAUAAUUACACACAUCUUUUCUGUCUUUUUUCCUUCUCAGUUAUUUCUCACUUCCUCUUUCUCUCCUCUGUUGUAUUUCUUACUUCCUCUUUCUCCUGAUUCAUUUUGCACUUUCAUUCUCUCUACUACUCAUUCCUUACUUAUUUCCUCUCUUCAUUAUUCAUUUCUCACUUCCUCUCUGUCCUCCUCCUCAUUCAUUUCUCACUUCUUCACUGUCCUCCUCAUUUGUUUCUCACUUCGUCUCUGUCUUCCUCCUCAUUUGUUUCUCACUUCCUCACUCUCCUCCUCCUCAUUUGUUUCUCACUUCCUCACUCUCCUCCUCCUCAUUUGUUUCUCACUUCCUCACUCUCCUCCUCCUCAUUUGUUUCUCACUUCCUCACUGUCCUCCUCCUCAUUUGUUUCUCACUUCCUCACUCUCCUCCUCCUCAUUUGUUUCUCACUUCCUCACUGUCCUCCUCCUCACUUGUUUCUCACUUUCUCACUGUCCUCCUCUUCAUUAGUUUCUUGCUUCCUCACUCCCCUCAUCCUUAUUCGUUUCUCACUUCUUUUCGGUCCUCCUCAUUUGUUUCUUGUUUCUUCACUGUCCUCCUACUUUGUUUCUUGCUUCUUCUCUGUCCUCCUCCUCAUUUGUUUCUUACUUCCACUUUGUCCUCCUCCUCAUUGUUUUCCACUUUGUCCUCCUCCUCCAUUGGUUUCUUUCUUCUACUUUGUCUUCCUCCUCCUCAUCAUUUCUAUCUUUUCUUCUUCAUUUCUUUUUCCUCUCUCUCUCUUUCCUCUUCCUCUCAUCCUCUUAACUUCCUCCUUCCAUCUUUCUAUUCUCUUUAUUUCCUUUCUCUUCUUUCUUCCUCUGUCUUCAUUUCUCUCCCCUCUCUCUCUAUUUUAUUUCAUUUUUGCUUUCUCUCUCUUUCUGUUUCUUGCAUCCUUUUUCUCCUCCUCUUUCAUUUCUAACUUCCUCUCUUUUCCCCUCUCUCAGUUCUUGUUUCCAAAUCUCUCCUUCUUUCUCUUUCACAUGCACUCCUUCUUUCUCUUUCACAUGCACUCCUUUUCUCUUUCACAUGCUUUCCUUCUUUCUCUUUCACAUGCACUCCUUCUUUCUCUUUCACAUGCACUCCUUUUUCUUUUCACAUGCUCUCCUUCUUUCUCUUUCACAUGCACUCCUUUCUCUUUCACAUGCUUUUUUCUUUCUCUUUCACAUGCUUUCCUUCUUUCUCUUUCACAUGCUCUCCUUCUUUCUCUUUCACAUGCACUCCUUCUUUCUCUUUCACAUGCACUCCUUCUUUCUCUUUCACAUGCUCUCCUUCUUUCUCUUUCACAUGCACACCUUCAUUCUCUUUCACAUGCUCUCCUUCUUUCUCUUUCACAUGCUCUCCUUCUUUCUCUUUCACAUGCUCUCCUUCUUUUCUCUUUCCUUCCUUUCUUCUUUCUCUUUCACAUGCACUCCUUUCUCUUUCACAUGCUUUCCUUCUUUCUCUUUCACAUGCUCUCCUUCUUUCUCUUUCACAUGCACUCCUUCUUUCUCUUUCACAUGCACUCCUUCUUUCUCUUUCACAUGCACUCCUGCUUUCUCUUUCACAUGAUCUUCUUCUUUCACAUGAUCUCCUUCUUUCUCUUUCACAUGCUCUCCUUCUAUCUCUUUCACAUGCACUCCUUCUUUCUCUUUCACAUGCUUUCCUUCUUUCUCUUUCACAUGCUCUCCUUCUUUCUUUUCACAUGCACUCCUUUCUCUUUCACAUGCUCUCCUUCUUUCUCUUUCACAUGCUCUCCUUCUAUCUUUUCACAUGCACUCCUUCUUUCUCUUUCACAUGCACCCUUCUUUCUCUUUCACAUGCACUCCUUCUUUCUCUUUCACAUGCACUCCUUUUCUCUUUCACAUGCUUUCCUUCUUUCUCUUUCACAUGCACUCCUUCUUUCUCUUUCACAUGCUCUCCUUCUUUCUCUUUCACAUGCACCCCUUCUUUCUUUUCACAUGCACUCCUUUCUCUUCACAUGCUUUCCUUCUUUCUCUUUCACAUGCUCUCCUUCUUUCUCUUUCACAUGCUCUCCUUUCUCUUUCACAUGCACCCUUCUUUCUCUUUCACAUGCACUCCUUCUUUCUCUUUCACGUGCUCUCCUUCUUUCUCUUUCACAUGCACUCCUUCUUUCUCUUUCACAUGCUUCCUUCUUUCUCUUUCACGUGCUGCUCUCCUUCUUUCUCUUUCACAUGCACUCCUUUCUCUUUCACAUGCACUCCUUCUUUCUCUUUCACAUGCACUCCUUCUUUCUCUUUCACAUGCACUCCUUCUUUCUCUUUUCACAUGCACCCUUUCUCUUUCACAUGCUUUCCUUCUUUCUCUUUUCACAUGCUCUCCUUCUUUCUCUUUCACAUGCUCUCCUUCUUUCUCUUUCACAUGCACUCCUUCUUUCUCUUUCACAUGCUCUCCUUCUUUCUCUUUCACAUGCACUCCUUCUUUCUCUUUCACAUGCACUCCUUCUUUCUCUUUCACAUGCUCUCCUUCUUUCUCUUUCACAUGCACUCCAUUCUCUUUCAUGCUUUCCUUCUUUCUCUUUCACAUGCUCUCCUUCUUUCUCUCUUUCACAUGCUUUCCUUCUUUCUCUUUCACAUGCUCUCCUUCUUUCUCUUUCACAUGCACUCCUUCUUUCUCUUCACAUGCUCUCCUUCUUUCUCUUUCACAUGCACUCCUUUUCUCUUUUACAUGCUUUCCUUCUUUCUCUUUCACAUGCUCUCCUUCUUUCUCUUUCACAUGCUCUCUUUCUUUCUCUUUUUACAUGCUUUCCUUCUUUCUCUUUCACAUGCUCUCCUUCUUUCUCUUUCACAUGCUCUCCUUCUUUCUCUUUCACAUGCACUCCUUCUUUCUCUUUCACAUGCUCUCCUUCUUUCUCUUUCACAUGCUCUCCUUCUUUCUCUUUCACAUGCUCUCCUUCUUUCUCUUUCACAUGCACUCCUUCUUUCUCUUUCACAUGCUCUCCUUCUUUCUCUUUCACAUGCACUCCUUUCUCUUUCACAUGCUUUCCUUCUUUCUCUUUCACAUGCUCUCCUUCUUUCUCUUUCACAUGCUCUCCUUCUUUCUCUUUCACAUGCACUCCUUUCUCUUUCACAUGCUCUCCUUCUUUCUCUUUCACAUGCUCUCCUUCUUUCUCUUUCACAUGCUCUCCUUCUUUCUCUUUCUCUUUUGCUUUCCUUGAAACUUCUUAA